UCCAACUGCAGAUUGAUUUGGAACCAGAAGGAAGAGUGUAUGUCAUCAUAGAUCUUUCAGGGUCAUCAGGUGAAGCACCCAAAGACAAUGAGGAACGAGUGUUUAGAGAGCGGAUGCGGCCCAGGAAGCGCCAGGGGGCAGUGCGGCGCAGGGUCCACCAGGUUAACGGGCACAAGUUUAUGGCCACCUACCUUAGACAACCAACAUACUGCUCACACUGCCGAGACUUUAUAUGGGGAGUAAUAGGAAAGCAAGGGUACCAAUGUCAAGUUUGCACUUGCGUAGUCCAUAAGCGAUGCCAUGAGCUUAUAAUAACGAAAUGCGCUGGGUUGAAGAAGCAGGAAGCCCACGAUGAGGUGGGCUCCCAGCGCUUCAGUGUCAACAUGCCUCACAAGUUCAGCAUUCACAAUUACAAAGUGCCCACCUUCUGUGACCACUGUGGUUCGUUGCUCUGGGGUCUUCUGAGACAAGGUUUACAAUGCAAAGUUUGCAAGAUGAAUGUACAUAGACGCUGUGAAACAAAUGUGGCACCCAACUGCGGAGUGGAUGCUAGGGGCAUAGCCAAAGUACUCGCAGACCUGGGUGUCACUCCGGAUAAGAUCACUAACAGUGGACAAAGGAGGAAGAAGCUUGUCCCAGGUGCAGAAUCUCAACCGCCAGUUCCUGGAUCCUCACCAGGAGACGAUGACAGAUCAAAGUCGGCACCAACUUCCCCAUGUGAUCAAGAAAUCAAAGAGCUUGAAAAUAACAUUAGGAAAGCAUUGUCAUUUGACAACCGAGGAGAAGAGCACAGGGGAGGAGCAGCAACCUCGACGGACGGCCAGCUUAACACGCCCGGGGAGAACGGUGAAAACGGAGAGGUCAAAACACAGACGAAGCGCAUGGGCCUCGAAGAGUUUAACUUCAUUAAAGUGUUAGGGAAAGGCAGCUUCGGGAAGGUCAUGCUAGCCGAGCUAAAAGGCAAAGAUGAAGUAUACGCCGUGAAAGUCUUAAAGAAAGAUGUCAUCCUACAAGAUGAUGAUGUCGACUGUACAAUGACAGAAAAACGGAUUCUGGCAUUAGCACGGAAGCAUCCUUACUUAACACAGCUCUACUGCUGCUUCCAGACCAAGGACCGCCUCUUUUUCGUCAUGGAAUAUGUCAAUGGAGGAGACCUAAUGUUUCAGAUCCAGCGCUCGCGCAAAUUUGACGAGCCCCGCUCCCGCUUCUAUGCAGCAGAGGUCACAUCGGCACUCAUGUUUCUCCACCAACAUGGCGUCAUCUACAGGGACCUGAAACUGGACAAUAUUCUUCUGGAUGCAGAAGGUCACUGCAAAUUGGCUGACUUUGGGAUGUGUAAGGAAGGGAUCUUGAAUGGAGUAACGACUACUACCUUUUGUGGAACGCCAGACUACAUAGCUCCAGAGAUUCUUCAGGAAUUAGAAUACGGUCCCUCAGUCGAUUGGUGGGCGCUGGGUGUCCUCAUGUACGAAAUGAUGGCUGGCCAACCCCCCUUCGAAGCUGACAAUGAAGACGACCUCUUUGAAUCCAUCCUGCAUGAUGAUGUGCUAUAUCCAGUGUGGCUUAGCAAAGAAGCUGUUAGCAUUUUGAAAGCUUUCAUGACAAAAAAUCCAAAUAAGCGACUUGGCUGUGUGGCAUCUCAGAACGGCGAAGAUGCAAUUAAGCAACACCCUUUCUUUAAGGAGAUUGACUGGGUUCUUCUAGAGCAAAGGAAAAUCAAGCCACCAUUCAAGCCUCGGAUUAAAACCAAAAGGGAUGUAAAUAACUUUGAUCAAGACUUUACACGAGAAGACCCAGUAUUAACAGCAGUGGACGAGACAAUUAUAAAGCAGAUCAACCAAGAAGAAUUUAAAGGCUUCUCAUAUUUUGGAGAAGAGCUGCUGCCAUAAGAAGUCCCCACCGCGCCAUUUGGGGCCACCAGUUCACUGACACUGCAAAGAGGUGGUUUUCCGCUACCCAGUCAAGAGCUACUUCUCUGACCUUGAGCCCAUAACCCUUACUUUAUACUAUGUCUAUCUAUUUAUUGUUAUUUUCCUUUCGUCCUUGAGCUGGAGGCACUCACGAUUUCCGUCUCACAAAGGAACGCAAAGUAUUUUGUGCCAGAAGUUUGUGAAGGUAACACAUUGCUGUUGUUUCUUGCUGCUGCUGCUUCCCUCCCCCCCCCAACCCUC